GGGGAAACAUGUGAACUGCAGCGAAACGUCCAUAAUCCCCGACGCCACAAAAAUAGGAAAACCGUGCGAAGAUUUCGCCGAUCAAUGUGGAGGGAGUCAUUCGCAUUGCUUUCCUAAUGGGAAAAGAUCAACCUGUGAAGCCGAGGCAAUUUCUUGCUUUUAUUUUCACUUUUAGUGAAACGCUACAAGCUAAAGUUACUUCAAAUGUUUGAGAUAAAACAUCUCUUUAUACUCCCCGACUCUCCGACUCCCUCCUCUCUUUCUCACCACUCCCACCACAAUGUCUUCUCUCGACCUCAUCCAACAAUAUGCCCAAGCAGCUAUUGCCGCUCUCCCAGAACCAGCCCAAAAUCUGCUGGGCAACAGCGUCGCGCAAAAGACAGCUGCCAUUAUCCUCGCCCUGGGUCUUACCCGCUCGGUGAACCGCUUCUUCUCUAAGUGGACUUUGCAGAACUGGACUACCAACCAGAAAUGGGAGCCCUCGCGCGAACUCAUCCUCCUCACUGGCGGAUGUAGUGGAAUUGGCAAGCAGGUGAUGGAGGAUUUGUCGCGGACCGGGGUGCGCGUGGUUAUUCUUGAUAUUAAUGAGCCGGAUUUCAAAUUGCCGGCUAAUGUCGCAUUCUACCAGGCCAAUAUUACUUCCUCGGCGGACAUUGCGGCUGUUGCGGCGACUAUUCGGAAGAAUCAUGGCGAGCCAACAGUGUUGGUUAAUAACGCUGGAGUCGGACAUGAUGGGACUAUUCUUGAAGAGCCAGAGUCGAAGAUUCGCCAGACCUUCGAGGUCAACACUCUCUCCCAUUUCCUGAUGGUGAAGGAGUUCUUGCCGGCCAUGAUCAAAGUCAACCAUGGUCAUGUCGUGACAAUCGCCAGUUUGGCUAGCUUUGUCGCUCUCGGUGAGAUGGUCGAUUAUUGCUGCUCCAAGGCGAGUGCGCUCGCUUUUCAUGAAGGCUUGCGCCAGGAGUUGCGGUACUGGUACAAUGCGCCCAAUGUGCGCACCAGCGUUAUUCACCCCAUGUGGGUUCGCACCCCCAUGAUCAAGGUCCUGACCGACAACGAGCGUCACUUCCGUCAGCCCAUUAUGACUCCCGAGGUGGUCUCCGCUGCCAUCUGUGGGCAAAUCCUGAACCAGCGCAGUGGACAGGUUAUCUUGCCUGGCAGUCACUCUGCGGCUUCACUGGUGCGCGCUAUGCCCACUUGGAUGCAGGAGGGUGUGCGUGCAUUCGCGUCCGGUGCUUUGAAGAAGAUGCGCCUUGCCCAGCAGGCUGAGCAGAAUGCGCAGUAG